GAUAGAAAACAGGCCAUAUAGAUAGGACCACACACACACCAAUCAAGUGAUAGUAAUCACACACCUGCUCCAUUACAAUGCAAUAGUGUUCUUCAUCAUUUCACCUUGUAGUGUUGGAAUAAGAAUACAUAUACAGAAUGGAAGAGAAAGGCCUGGGUUUACCGCCCAGCUACGAUGCCGCCCAUGGAGUUAGUAACCCGACCUUUGACACCAUCUACUCUCCGCCGAUGUCAGAGCCCACUGUCUCCCCACCAUAUUAUGGAUACUCCCAGCCGGCUUAUGGCAACGUCGUCUCGCAACAGCCCAUGGUUAACUACACUCAAGUGACCACUGUCCCCGACAACAUGACCUUGGCCAUACUGUCCCUUCUGUGUUGCUGGCCUUUGGGUAUUGCGGCCAUCAUGAAGGCCUCCGACUCUCGAGCAGCCCUGGCCAGAAAUGACAUCCCGACUGCUCUCGCUGACGCCAACGACGCCAAAAGAUAUUCUUGCCUGGGCAUCGGGUUUGGCGUCUUCUCCAUUGUCGUCACUGUCAUCAUCCUGGUGGUGGUGUUCACGUCACUCAACAUCUACAGCUAUUAAAUUUAGGUCAGCACUGUCUAAUACUACGUAGUAGUGAUACGUGUGGACUAUUGUUCUGUAACUAGCAUUGAGUAUUUUUUAUUUGUACCAUUUAAAACAAAAUUGGUUUACAUUUUAUGCAUAUCUAUGACGUUUCUGUUUGUAAAUUAGGCCUACUAUGAAAGAAUAAUGAACAAUAUUUAUUAAAAGAACUUCAUUGUUUGCUAAUAGUACAAUUGCGACAAUAUCUUUAAUUUUUUGAGGUUUCACCAACACUUCACCUCAUCUAUCCUUUGGUCUGUUGAACCGUUGGGGCACCACACAUGAUAUGUCGACCGUCUUCCUCCAUUCCACUCUGUCCAUUAAUUUAAGUAAAAUCGUUGGUGUUUAGGGUAUUGUAGUAAUUUAAAAAAUUAACAAAUGUAAGGCCGAUACUCAAAAAACGCAAAGGUCGUGUCAACCAAACAAGAAAUCAUUUUAAAGGGAAAGAAUCCCAUCCCACUUCAUUUGUAUUGUUUGUUUCGAGUGCUCUUCUCUUUGUUGAACUUUGUAACCAAAAGCAACACAAUUCUAAUAUAUAUGAAUUUAUGAGCUCAAAUUUACAUAUUAUUUCUUGAAAAAUUUUAUGACAUGACAUUUUGGUUUACUUAAUUAGCAUUUUGUAAAUAUUCACGUUUUUGUAAAGCACUUAAUUACAAGAAUACAACUUCUAUUUGUUAAUGGUUAAAUGUAGAUCUAGAUCUAGCUACGAAAAAAAAAAGGCACUGUACUUUCAUAAGAUAUGCAUAUGAUUUCUGAUUUGUAUAAAUAUUGAAUAAAAUAUUUAUUUAUAAAAAGAAUAUAGAAAAA